AUGCAAUGUUACAGCGAAAUAUCAAAUGAAAAAGAAAAGAUUGAACGGAUGCAAGCAGAACGGAAGCUUCUUGAGUUAGAAACUUUCGAAAUUCUACCGAAAUACGAAAUCGAACUUGAAUACAUCAUGUACAGACUAGAUACUAUUAGUCGUGAAUAUGGACUUAAAAUUAAUGCACAGAAGACCAAGGUAAUGAUAAUCGAUCGAAUUAGAAAUAACCAGCCGGAAAUACGAAACGUAGCGGGGUUUGAAGUGGUAAACCGUUUCAAUUACUUAGGUUCUCUUAUCACAAACAAUGGUGGAUGCGAAGAAGAAAUACCCCGACGCCUUACAAUGGCCAGAUCAGCAACGGUCAAACUCACUAAAAUAUGGAAAGAUCCGGCCAUAACCAGGAACACGAAACUGCGCCUGGUACGGAAGCUUACCUUUCCUCUCGCUACCUAUGCUUCAGAAACUUGGACCAUUAAAAAGUCCGACUCACGACAUAUAAUGGCUUUUGAAAUGUGGGUAUAUCGUAGAAUUAUGCGCAUACCCUAG